CCACUUGUUUCUCUCUUUUUCCGGUCGAAGGUUUCCACCCGCGGCAAUUCAAUUCUACGAACACCUUGUCUACGUUGACUCUUUAUAUAUUUGAUCCUCUCGUUCAGAACACGCGCGAUGGUUUCAAUCCUCCUCCUCCUCCUCCUCCCAACAGAUUCGCGGUAGCAGUAGCCGGAGCUCCAAUGGGAAAGGCAGAGGGCUCCUCCUCCGGCGAUGGCCGCAACGCGAAGAGCCACCGGAUAUGCGCCUGGGCGGCCGUUGUCGCCCUGGUCGCCGUCGCCCUCGCAAUCGCCGCAGGCUCCAGAAACGCCCCCGAGAUCCCUGGCUCCGCCACCGGCAACAAGUCUUGUGAGUGCCUCCCGGGAUCCAGGAGCUACACGGGCUUGGUGGAGGACUGCUGCUGCGACUACGAAACGGCGGAUUCGCUGAACGAGCAAGUGCUGCAUCCGAUACUCCAGGAGCUUGUGAAAACUCCCUUUUUCCGUUAUUUUAAGGUAAAAUUGUGGUGUGAUUGCCCAUUCUGGCCAGAUGAUGGGAUGUGCCAUCUUCGGGAUUGUUCUGUCUGUGAGUGUCAAGAAAGCGAGUUUCCAGAGCCGUUUAAGAAAUCCUCCGGUGUGCUUUCUGCUGAUGAUGUGAUUUGUCAGGAGGGAAAACCACAAGCUGCUGUGGAUAGGACUCUUGAUGACAAAAUUUUUAAUGGGUGGAUUGAGAUUGACAAUCCCUGGACUUAUGAUGAUGAGACUGAUAAUACUGCAAUGACAUAUGUCAAUCUCCAACUGAACCCGGAGAGGUACACUGGUUAUGCGGGUCCAUCAGCUCAAAGGAUAUGGGCUGCUGUUUACCAGGAAAAUUGCCCACAAUAUCCUUCUGAAGAUCUGUGUCAUGAAAAGAAGGUGAUGUACAAAUUGAUCUCCGGGCUGCAUUCCUCAAUUUCAGUUCACAUAGCUUCUGAUUAUCUCCUUGAUGCAUUUACCAAUUUGUGGGGGCAAAACCUGGAGUUGCUUUAUGAUCGAGUGUGGAAGCACCCAGAUCGUGUCAGGAAUUUAUAUUUUGUCUAUCUCUUUGUUCUGAGGGCAGUGACAAAGGCUGCAGAUUAUUUGGAACAGGCCGAGUACAACACUGGCAAUCCUAUAGAGGAUUUGAAAACUCGAUCAUUGGUGAGACAGCUACUGUACAAUCCCAAACUUCUAUCUGCUUGCCCGGUACCCUUUGAUGAAGCCAAGCUCUGGCAAGGUGAAAAUGGGCCCGAGCUGAAGCAGCAGAUUCAGAAGCAAUUCAGAAACAUCAGUGCAGUAAUGAACUGUGUGGGAUGUGAGAAAUGCCGGCUGUGGGGAAAACUGCAAGUCAAUGGUCUAGCAACAGCUUUAAAAAUUCUUUUCUCUGUUGAUGGUGAAAACAACCAAAACCAGCCACUGCAGCUGCAAAGAAAUGAAGUGAUCGCACUGUUCAACCUUCUAAAUAGACUCUCGGAGUCGAUAAAAUUCGUUCAUGACAUGGAACCUCUCAUGGAGAAGAUGGAAAGGCAUGAUUCUAACCCCACAGCAACUUCAUAGCAAGACAAUUCUUUUCCUUUUUUGCAUUAAUACUCUGGUGAGCCUUCUCCCACCUCCCUUCUUCUUGCAAUCGAUCUUUAUCUCAUCAUCCUCUCAACAGUUUGCUUUCUUUCUGACUUGCCAGUUUUUGUGCCCCCGGUGAGGCAGAAAAGGCAGACACAUAACCCUUUGAAAAUACGACAUAUACCUGAUGGUGUUGGAAUAAGUAAAUCAUGUAGUUGAAGGAUUUUAUGAGAAAGGGAAACAUAUUUGCUCAAUUCAAUGCUUCUGUGUGCCAUUAAAUUAUGGUCUUGAGCACAGUGAUUUUUGUAUCAUAUAGUUCUUCAAAGAUGCUGGCGACUAUGCCAUUGUUUCCA